AUGCAGACUGCUUCUACAAACAUUUGUGAAAGGAUGGGUCGCUCUCAGGAGCUCAGUGAAUUCAAGCGUGGUCCCGUGAUAGGUUGCUACCUGUGUAAUAAGUCCAUCCGUGAAAUUUCCUUGCUACUAAAUAAUCCACGGUCAACUAUUAGUAGUAGUAUAACAAAGUGUAAGCAACUGGGAACAACAGCAACUCAGCCACAAAGUGGUAGGUCACGUAGAAUGACAGAGUGGGGUCCGUGCAAUUGCAAGUGCGCAGAAGUCUCCAACUGUCUGCAAAGCCAAUAGCUAAAGACCUCCAAACUUCGUGUGACCUUCAGAUUAGUACAACAUUUGUGGGAACAGUUUGGGGAUGGCCCCUUCUGUUCCAACAUGACUGCGCCAGUG